AUGGACAUCAGGACACUCAACUUCUCUCAUCGGGAACUCUACUUGAUUGGAUUCACGGAUCUGCAAGAGUAUCGGCAGUACCUUUUCAUUCCUUUUCUUGUAAUCUUUGCUUUCACGUUGUUCGCAAACUCAAUUAUAAUGCUAGUGAUUGUAAAAGAAAGCAAGUUACAUGCACCCAUGUACAUUCUGAUCGGGUUUAUGGCAGCUCUUGGGUUUAUACAGCCAAUAUUUCUUGUUCCAAGAAUGUUAAUCAGUUUUUUGUUUGGUAGAAAUAUGAUUUACAAAGAUGAAUGUCUUGUUCAAACGUUUUGUCUGCAUAUGGCAGGUUGUUUCCAGGCGUCAAUUUUAGUUUUGAUGGCAGUCGACAGAUUUUUUGCCAUUAUUUUUCCCUUAAAGUACCAUGACUAUGUAAAUGUUAAAACAUCAAUAAUAUCCUGUUUGUCCUUUUUUUUCCGUAACUUGCUUUGUGUCGCUUCGAUGGUCGGCCUGAUCGGGCCACUCUAUUUUUGUAAAUCAAAUGCGAUUUAUCAUUGUGUUUGUGAGUAUACUUCAGUUGUCAAUGCAGCCUGUGGUGAUGUGAGCAAGAAUCUCGAGGCUGGAACAAUCGCUUUCAUCAUAGUAUCAUGUGACUGCGCAGUUGUAAUCUGCUCUUACAUUGUUAUUUUUGUCAUUAUAUCUCGCUCUCCUUCUGGUGAGUCACGACAAAAAGCCAUCUUGACAUGUGGCACACAUUUAAUGGUCAUAGCGUUGGCCUUUUUUUGUGCUCUUGUUGCAUUUGUUGGCUACAGGGUGUCUACCAUACCGAGAGAUAUCCGUGUGUUAAGCACCUUGUCAUAUCAUCUUAUUCCGAACUGCUUUAACCCUGUAAUCUAUGGAAUUAGAACAAAGGAAAUCAGAGUUCAGGUUGUUAAAUAUUUAUCUUAUAAGAAAUCAUGA